AGCAUGGCGAGACCUGUGUAAACCUACAGGCAAGUUUAUAUCUUCAGUUUUGUUAUUUAAAACAAACCUUUUCUGUGUGUAGGAGCAAACCAAAUAAGCAUCAAAAUCUCCUAAAAGACCAAACCCCAGCACCAGCUAUUUCUCAGCCUGAACCAAACAAACUCUCUGGCCCAAUUCCACCACCACCUUGGUGAUCCUUCCAAUGUGGAGGUAAUCUAAAGCUAAAAACAGAUGCCUGCUUCCACUGUUUUUCACAGCUCUUUGGAGCAGGAUUGGAGCACCUGAACAGAGAGAGAGAGAGAGAAAGAGAGGGAGAGAAAGUGGAGAAGGGAUAGGCCACAGGGAACUUCAGAGUAUCAAACUUUGAAAGGAGCAUUUUUUUUUAACAGGAGAAAAGUGUUUUGUGUUUCCUAGAGGAAAAGGGAAGAGUGAUAAAAAAAAGUCCAUUCUGCCUGGAAUUCCUGCAUUUCUGUGAUAUACUGAUACUGUAGCUCUGUUUUGGUCCUUAAAACAGAAAAAUGAGUGCAGAACUUGUAAAAGAAGAUUACUAUGAUUAUCAAGAUUUGUAUGUUGCGGUGCCCACCAAGAUUUCUGCGGAAGUUAUCCUACCAUGUGACCCAACAGCUGACGAAAGUCUCUAUCACAUAUGCAUCAUAGUCAUAUCCUAUGUGGCCAUGCUGAUCCUGGUGGUGGUAGCAAGGAGGCAGAAAUUUGUAUUCAGUCGAAAAGGAGUCCCAGCCUUACUCAGCCCUGUGAAUUUUUUAGACCAUACACAGCACAAAGCCUUGUCUGUGGCUGUGUUUGGCAUCCUUUUCUGCAGGCUUGUUGGACUAGUUCUGUCCCCCAACCCAUUGCCCUUCACCAAGGAGACACAAAACAAAGAGUAUUGGCUGAUCCUCGCUCUCUUCUACUACCCUGCUUUGUACUACCCCUUGUUGGCUUGUGGCACUCUCCAUAUCACGGUUGGCUAUGUGCUGGGCAGCCUGCUGUCAUGGACGCAUUUUGGCAUCCUCAUCUGGCAUAAAGUCGACUGCCCCAAAACACCACAGAUAUACAAGUACCAUUCCCUGUUGGGCAGCCUGCCAGAGAUUGCCUGUUUGGCAUUUCUCAGUUUCCAGUAUCCUCUUCUCCUGUUCAAGGGCUUUAAAGGAACAGAGAACAGCAAUCCCUUUGAGGACCUAAAGAGCAGUUACUACACAGACUAUGUAAAGAACAUCCUUAAAAAGAGGAAACCAUCUAAUGCCAGUGCAAGCAGUUCUAAUCCAAAGCUUUCUGAAAGAUUUACUAAUGCACUUAAAUCUUACAUCUACACCCCUAAAGAUGUUUUUAGGUUCCCUUUGAAGUUAGUCAUCUCUUUAGUUGUGGCAUUAGUUGCUGUUUAUCAGAUGGCUCUCUUGCUGGUCAUUGGAGUAGUGCCCACUCUCCAGAUUGUCCGAAAAGGAGUGAACGAAGACAUUGCAUUUCUCCUGGCUGGUUUUAACAUUAUUCUUUCAGCCGACCGUAAAGAAGUGGUUAAUAUUGUAACAUACUACAUGUGGUGUAUUGAGGUAUGCUAUGUCUCAGCAGUAACCCUUACCUGCUUGGUUAAUCUGAUCAUGUUUAUGCGGUCCAUGGUCCUGCACAGGUCCAAUCUGAGGGGCCUAUACAGAGGGGAUAUCUACAAUGUGUAUGACCGCCAAAGGAGCAUAAGACCAUCACGUCCUGCCCUGGUCUGCUGGAUGGGAUAUACCAGCUACCAAGCUGCAUUUAUUUGUCUUGGCAUGGUCAUUCAGACUCUGGUGUUCUUCAUUUGCUUUCUUUUUGCUGUGUUCCUAAUCAUCAUUCCCAUCUUAAAUGGAAAGAAUCUUGCUCUCUUCCACAUCAUUGGUAGAAUGUGGCCCUUCUGGUUGACGCUGUCAUUGUGUGUGCUUAUCCAGCACCUUACAUCCAGGUUCUUUUUUAUUAAAAAAGAAGCUGGAACACAAGACCUAACAAACAGGGGGUUUCUGUUCCUCCUGACCUACCUGCUCUUUCCAGUCAAUGUACUAGUUGGUGUGUUGUUGGGAAUUUGGAGGUUGGUCAUCACAGCUUUUUUUAACAUUGUCCAUUUGGGCCGCAUGGACAUCAGCCUCCUCAACCGCAACGUGGAAGCUUUUGACACAGGGUAUUGCUGCUAUGCUCAUUAUUUAAAGAUUGAGGUCAGUCAGUCUCACCCAGUCAUGAAGGCCUUCUGUGGGUUGCUGCUACAGUCUCUAAGCCAUGGCAACGGCACUGGGGAUGCGGCACGUAAUGCGGAGGAAGGAAUUCAACUGGUUUCACAGGACAAGAAACAGAACAAGGUGCCCAGUGCUAAGCAAGCAAGGGGACACUGGCAUCUCCUCUACACACUAGUUAAUAAUCCGUCCUUGGUGGGGUCAAGGAAGCAUUUUCAGCGACAGAGCUCAGAGAGCUUCCUAAACGGGACCCUCAAACGGAGCUCUAAAGAAAGCAGCAAAAAGGAGGGUGGCACCACAGCAGCCAGCAAAGAAAGAGAGGGACCUGUAUCUAAGGACUGAGACUGAUAUCACAAAAAAAAAAAAAAACAGACCGCACAAUUUCUCUCUGCCUUUAUUAAAUUAUAUUGGUUAGUGGACAGAUUAAAAUAAUACUAAAUUUAUAUUAUUGUUAGUGUCUGUGUAGAAGUAAAUGUUGUCUUAAAUAAAUGACCUUAGUGCCUCAGGAAGAAGUAUACACUAUUUCCUCUUUUGACUUUUCUUUGAUUGAUGCACUGGUUCUUUUGUGAUAAAAUGUUUGUUCUCAUUUGGUAGUUUCUGGUGCAGGACUAUCAGAAACAUUUACUCUCUUUUUACUGGUCUGAACACCUUGAACUACACUGGUACAGAAAUAGUUGUGCAAAGUUAUAUUGGCUAUUUAUGUAUAAUUAUAUAUUAGGAUGUAUAAUUCUCUGAAUGCUUUUGUGGCGGCAGCUUUGAGAAGUUAGAUGUUGAGAUGAGGAGUUUACAUGAUGAAUAAAUGGCAAUAUUAUCUUUUUUCAGUUAAUAAACUAAGUUUACGGUCAUGCAUAUUUAGUUUAAGAAAUGUCUUUUCAUUUUCGGUGAAAUAUAAUAUGUUGACAAUGUUUUGAUUGGAACGAUUUUGCGUAAAAUAAAAGACGUAAGUAAUUAAAUAAAUAAAAUUCUAAAAGCGA